UGCUCAAAGCUUUUUAUCUUAAAUUUCCAAAACAGCAAUGGAAGAGUCUCAAGAGAUUUUGCUUAAAUCCUUAAGCACAUUCGGUGUUUCGCUCCCGGAGAAUGUUUCGGCAUUUAGCGAUUUAACUCCGACAACGCUGAUUUCCGUCUGCUGCCAAUCACUUAACAUAAUCGGAAGCAACGAAGACGACGAUCAAAACGGCGUAUCAUUUCCCGAUUCAGUUGAAGAUUAUGUCCCCAUGGCUGACAAGUACAAGAUCUGUUCCGACACCUCACUGGCUUUUAAGAAUCUGGGUUAUGUUGGUGACAUGAGCUAUCGCAAUAAGAGGACUUAUAUAAGCUGGUAAGAUUUUUGGUGGAGAAGCUUUCCAGUUCAUCUGAAGCUGUAAAAGUUUCUGGGAAAAGAAAUGCUGAUUUGAGACAGAAAUUCGAGGAAGAUAACUUAGAGAAAAUUUCGGAGUUUUUUCUCAGAAUCUGGAUAA